GUAGCUCUAGCGGUUGCCGCCCUUGUUUUCGCUCUAUUUACCGUAAUCUCAAACGUGAUUCUCUUCAUUGCAAUUGUACUGCGGAGCAGCAGGAACAAAACCGCCCAUAAAUCCUAUAUGACUUUUAUGUUUAUGAGCUCCAUGGCUGUCUCUGACAGCAUUCUUGGAGCGCUAGUCAUGCCCUUGUCAGUUGUACCAAUAAUACAGAACGGACAAUGGAACCUCGGGAAGGUCACGUGCAGUGUCUAUCUGGCCGUAACAAAUAUUGUGUGUUCCGUGAACGCUUGCCACAUUCUGUGCAUGGCCGUUGACAAAUACAUCGCCGUGUGUAGACCUUUGCAGUACAGGUUGAUGAAAAAAUUAACUGCUCGAGUUAUGAUCUGCGCCUCCUGGAUUUUUCCAAUAGCUCUCACGCUUUUACCAAAAAUAAAUGGAUUUGACAAGAUGGGUCUGGAGUUGGCCGACCAGUGGAUCGACGGGAGAAACCUUUGCUUCAACGUUCUCAAUAGAGGAGUAUUCGUCUCAUAUUUAAUCCUAUCGUUCUACGGUCCCAUCAUUGUGACCUAUUUUCUAUAUGCGCGAAUAUUUACAGAAAUCUGGUGUUUUAACAAUCGGUCACCACACAAUCACGUCAAAAAACCUUCAGCACUUCCAGAUUUUACCGAAAAUUUGACACGUGUCGACGUCAUAAGCAUCACAGUUUUAUCCGACAUGACAGCGGGUUAUGUUGCAGAGCCCAAUUCGAGACAAUGUAGAUACACCAUUCAGCCAGAUACCAAACUAUCCCAAAAAAAAGAAAGGAAAAUAAAACAAAGUGAGCACAUUUCAACUGAUUCACGAAUACCUCGUCAUAUCUCCCGACACAUGAGGGCCAUUCGAACCAUUGGAUGCAUCGUUGCGGCCUUCACCGUCUCCUGGAUUCCGACGUCGCUGUAUCUGGUCACCAUCCAAUACACCGGUUACGACCAACCAAAAUGGUCUGUUUUACUUUUCUUUUGGUUUUCUUUCCUAAACUCGACCAUCAACCCAUUUCUG